AUGAUCAGCGAGAAGAACAUCAUCGCAAAGCAUCCCAGCACCCUCACGGGCGAGGCCGUGGUGGUGGGCUCCGAUGCUGGAAGUAUCCUCCGCACCAUGUCAUCUGGCAAGUCACCAUUGCUCGGGGGAUCUAGCUCUGGCGGCGGACGAACUGGUGCACGAGCGGGGCCGAUCGUCAUCAAACCGCGGGAGUAUCGCUCGACCUUCCAGACAGUUGGGUUCUUGGAGAACGCGUGGCCUCGCUAUCCCAGCGCUUUCGACAUUGGCUAUGGAACUGGCUGGAUGCCCAGCUUCUUGCUGCUGAACUCCUUCUACCCCGUGGACAACAUCAUCAAUGCCUUUGCGCAGGGCGCAGAAACACUGCAACUUCAAGUGGCCUACCAGACGGUGCAGGUUCUGGGAGGAAAGAGAGUUGCAGACAACCUCCUGGGCUUCUUGCAAGCUCCAUUGUAUGGUCUCGUUCCAUACUGUUGUGAAGGCUUCCUGUACUUGCUUCAGAUGGCAUCAUUUCUCCUCCUUCCGCUCCUGCUUCUGGUUUUUGGCCUUUGCUACGAGCUGGUCGGCAUGUUCUUCGCAACAAACCCCGAGGAGUACGACGUCGUCCUGCGUUCGAAGUCCCACAUUCCUGACAUGACCUUCUCUGGUGUUGUUUCAGGCCACACGCUCGAGGAUUGGCUGGGCGGCCUCUCUUCGGUGUCCUACGUCGCACUGCUGGGCAGCGCGGGGACUGCCGCCCUCAUGCUCGCGUUGAUCUGCGAGUCCAACUUCUUGAGGAACUUGCCGCCCUUCGACUUCCAGCAUUCCGUUCACCGUCUCAUCAAUGCGCUGGGCAACAUCAUUGUGACCACGUACUUGUGGGCAAUACUGUCCUUUGUUAUCUCCAGCGUGCUGUGGUUCGCCAUGGUCGUCGUCAUCUACCCAGAGCAGAUGCUUACGGCGCUUGCCUGCGCGGGCGGUCUCGCGGCUGUGUUUGCCACCAUGAUUUCUGGCUUGAAGACGACGAAGGAUGAGCUGGAGCGGUCCCUGCGAGAGGAAAUCCCUGAGGUCUUGGAGCUGGCCUGUGCCACUUUCCUGGAUCAGUACGACAAAACCUCUUCUGGACGUUCCAAGGCGGUGAGUGCCCAGUUCCGAAAGCUGGAAGAGUCCCUGGCCGAGAACUCCUACAGAUACGUGCGGGCACGCCUGAGCCAGAGCAAGGACGUCCAGGAAAUCAUCGAUGUCAGGAACAAGAAGCCGCCAAAAGAGGUGCUGGGGAGUUUGUUCAAUCGGGCCCUGGUCAAGCAGAAGAAUUGGGACGCCAUCACGGCCAGCGAGACUGGUGAUGGCUCCGCAGUCGAGACGACUGAGACCGUCCUCGAAUCUUUAGGCCUGCCACAGGAAGAUACGAGUGUCAUGCCCUACCUGGAUCUGCGGAUGCGCUUGGAAGACAAGGAGCGUGAGGAGGGGGGCGAGAACAUCCACACCUUUGGCUCAGAUCUGCAGGAGAAACUGAUGAAGGUCUACGUGCGCAUGCAGGAGCGCCACAUGGACGUGGCUCCAGAUGUGGACGAAGCUCUUCGCAACCCAAAGAGGUUGGCAAUCUGCAUGUCCCGAGCCAACAGUGCAAAGUUCAAGGCCCUGGAGCGCAUCAGCGAGGGCAAGGAUGCCCGAUCGUCGCUGCAGAUGCUCGGACAAGUGGAAAGUGGGCACUCGUAG